AUGAGCCUCUACAUACCGGCUGAUGGCUUGUUUGGCACUCAUGUUACUUGGGAAGAUAUUGAAGAAGUUAUGCAAGAAGAACUGAAUACUAACGCUUCGUUUGGACCAAACAAGAAAGCUACGAAUAUUGGUGAAGGAAAAGGCUUCAUGUCCAGAAUCGUGCUCAUCGAACCACACUGGCAAAACAAAGACAAGAAACUUCCAGAACGCUUUAUUGCUAAGGUAAGAUUGGUAUAA